AUGACGAGACUAGGCCCCUUGACGGCGCAGGCCUUGGGCCGAUCACCUUUUGACGAUGUUGUUGAAGGCGAGGGAGAAACUGAUUCUCGUGCGCCAGAGCAACAGUAUGAUAGCCGAGGCCGACCGAUCAAUCCGGAAACGAAGCGUAUGAACCGCGACAUGGUUCGAUCUCACAACGAGGUUAUGCAGGUCAUAGGUGUUGCGGAGCCUGACAACACUCCGUCUUCAGCGGAAGUCGAUUCAGUGCGACGAUAUUUCAACUAUGAAGAUGCUGUCGGUACACGGUUGCUCCGUUUUGGACGUGCCUUGGAGAUAGGAGGAGUCUGGGGCAUCAACGGCAUGCGACUGCGCAUCCUUCUGUAUAAGCGCUAUGCAGAUAUCUCGUUCUUCGAGCUGUUUCAAUACGAAAGAAGUCAGCGCUCGAUAUCGAGCGCUCUCGUCACCGGCUUGCCAACUUUUCUGGGUGGACACGUCUUCAAGAUGGCCACAUACUACGUAUAUCCUUUCCCAAGAAAGAACAAGUGGAUCAACGCUGGCUUGUCGUAUGUCAGAGUGCAUCUUCAGCUCUACGUCUUUCUUCAGAGACUAGACAUCAUAUCUCCCAGCAAAUGGUUCCCGUCGCUGGAAUUCUUCAUUCCAGGAUCGUCCUCGUCACCCAUCGCAGCCCCGGCCCCUCCCAAAGACUUAAGUGCUGCUUCGCUAGCACAGUACGCCGGCGCAUGGUGUAUCAACGCGAUCCCAUUUGUCUCCUUUGUUGUUUGGGGUCAGAUAUGGACUGAGGUCACAGGUCACUUGUGGCAGGAGUUUUACGGGCGAUUGCCGAACACGGUGCACCAUCGCAAGCCUCCCCCACCACCUCCUCCACCGCCGGCGCCGCUUCCUGAGAUCCCUGAACCGGAGCCACCAAGUCUUGAACCACAGGAAGAAGAAGUGCCUGUUACUGAAUUCCAGCAUGAUGCCAUCUCGAGCGAAAUACCCUCCGAGGCUAGUGAAGCAGCUCCAGUCCAAGCAGUCCGUCGCCCAAGCGCUUUCUCGGCUAGGGGAGACGACUAUGGCAGCGAUGACGAGGAGGAUGGAGGGGUUAGCGCAACCUUAAUCAGCUUCGAUGUUGAGGCUACUGAUUCAACCGAUGCUCCUCCGGGCUUGUGGUCUGCCGAGCUUCGGCCAAGCACUGGACCGGAGGGUCCUGGAUAUGGUCAUGCCUCGGUGCAAUACAUGGACACUAUGCUAACACGACUCCCCGCGUGUCUGGCGUCCGAUAUCUUCACCGUCAUUUCGGGAUACAUUCUUGUCUCGCCAUACGAGGCUCUUGCGCUUCGGCUAGUCGCGAGGUCGUACCGGUCGAGAAUGGGGCUUCCUGUAUCCGAUAUUCAUGAAGUCAACAUCUUCAGUGGCAUGACUUUGAGGGGUGUUACCAACUUCCUGGGGCUAGAAUUCUUGCACUUGGUGAUUGCUGGUGAACUAUGGGCCCUAAUAACAGGCCUCGCCCAAUGGUUCCACCUUACGGAGGAAGAAUGGAAGCUAUUCAAUGAAAUGGAUGAAGCCGAAGCCGCAGAGGAAAGACGACGACAGGAGCAAGCUGGACAUUGA